GGUUUGAAACUUGUCUGGUUUUUUUGUUUUAUUCUAAUUAAUUUUUCACGGGAGAGGAAACAAAAAUUAGGGCAACAUUGCGAUCGACUUUUUAAACUGCUUCUGAUGUGUCUCUCUUUGAUUCUGGGAAAGAAAUAGGGUAUCAUUUGAUCUGAUGAAGGACCGGUCAGCGAAGAGGAAGGUGGUUGUACGGCACUUGCCGCCUUCUCUUUCAGAGCCCGAUCUCUUAUCCCAAAUCGACUCUCGUUUCGGUGAUAGCUACAGUUGGUUCUCCUUUCGUCCUGGCAAGUCCAACUAUAAGACGCAGAAGCAUUCACGGGCCUACUUUGGUUUCAAGUCCCCAGAAGAUGUUUAUGAGUUCGCUGCAUUUUUCAACGGCCAUGUCUUUGUUAAUGAAAAGGGUGCUCAGUUCAAGGCCAUAGUUGAAUAUGCGCCUUCACAGCGUGUGCCCAAACCAUGUGACAAGAAAGAUCCUCGUGAAGGCUCUAUUACCAAAGACCCUGACUACCUUGAAUUCCUUAAGCUCAUUGCUCAACCUGUUGAGAAUCUCCCCAGUGCUGAAGUCCAGUUGGAAAGAAGAGAAGCCGAGCAGUCUGGUGCUUCAAAGCCGGCUCCUAUUGUUACCCCUCUUAUGGAAUUCAUACGUCAAAAACGUGCUACUGUGAUUGGAUCUCAGGGUUCAUUAGAUGUUCGAAGAGGAGGCAGAAGAUCCCGAGCAGUCUCGGCAAACAAGCCAAGUUCAAGGCCUUUGAAACGAAACUCUGAAAAGAAGAAGUAUGUUGAAAAGGACACUUCAAAAAGCGUCCGCAGUUCCAAGCAAGAUAAUUCAUCUACAGCCUCUGUCAUGGAUAGCUCUCUCCCAGGGAUUUCAUUGACUAUGGAGUCUGGGAAGAAAAAGAUUUUGCUCCUGAAAAAAGACCGAGACACUCCUGUUAACUCUCCACCACAACCAGAACAGCAGAUGGAAACUAUUCUAUCCUCGACCUCAAGACAGAACCAGAAGAUUGGUGAUGUUGGUGGGAGAUUGAUCAAGGGAAUGCUUGUGAGAAAGGAGCCGCGACCUAGCCAGUCUUCAACUUUGGUCCAGCCUGAGCCAAGAGUGGAACCCUCAGAAGCAGAAAACUACAAGCGUCCUCCUCGAGCAGAUGGUAUAUAUGCAGGGAAAGACUAUCAUGUUUCUGGUACCAACACUGAGAAGCAAGAGAGGCGUCCUAGAAACAGGGACAGACCUGAUCGUGUUGUGUGGGCUCCUCUCCGUCGCGCUGACGGGUCCAAUAACAGCGAGGACCAACUGUCAUCUUCAGCAGCAAACAAUGGAGAAGUGAAACAAAGGACGUUGUUGCAAAGAUCUGGAGAAGUUGUGAACUCCUCUGAUGGACACUCUCUUGAGAAUGGUUCAGCUAGAUAUUCUAGUCGCCGUGUUGGAUCUCGCAGCAGAAAAGAAGACGGCUUUGCAGUGACCGGUGAGGGUAAAUCAUCGCGUAGAGGAGGUGGUGGUGAUCCCACUUCAUAUGAGGCAAGCCAAGCUAAAAAGCAAAAGUGGAUCUUAAAAUCAUCAUCGGGCUAUAAACAUCAGCCAAUUCCAAUGGAAUUUAUCUUUGGACGGGAAUCUAUAGAUAUGAAUGGAACUGGAAAGUAACAACACUAUCAGCAUCACUCGGGUUUGUCUGGACUUUUGGUCCAUCGUCGUAAGUCGUAGUAUUGCGUCGUCAGUCGUAGUAUUGCACAUAAAAGAGACACUUCUCAAAGUAGGAAUCAUCUCAGGGUUUAUGAGUUUGAAACAAGAAAGACUCCGUAAGUACUGCAUUUGAAGGCUUCUAGCGGUUCACCGUACCUACACCCCCUUUUGGCUUGUGCUGUGUUACAGACAAGUGGGUGAGAAGUGAGAACUUACUCCCGAGUCCAAGUAUAAUGAAAUAAAGUCAAGAAGUAUAUAGGGAGCAGGAAACACUGUAUCGGGUUUUCUUUUGGGUUUCUUUGGAGGUCUCGGAACGUGAUUUUCAGGAUUUCACCAUAAUAGUUUGAUUACUGCGAAGUAAUUUUUUUACUGCUUAAUAUUAAUCUCGUUGAAGUUGGUUUAUUUCA